UCAUGGCCCACAGCAGCAAUGUCUCCUCAGUAGUGUUGGGCAAAGGUUCAGGCCGGAUGCUGGCCACUGGAGGAGAUGACUGUCGGGUCAACAUAUGGUCACUUAACAAGCCCAACUGCAUCAUGACCUUGACAGGCCACACAACACCCAUUGAGAGCCUACAGGUCAAUCCAAAUGAGAAACUCAUAGUUGCAGGGUCCCGGUCAGGGUCCAUUCGAGUUUGGGACCUGGAAGCUGCCAAAGUUCUUCGUACCUUACCGGGUCACAAAGCAAAUAUCUGCAGCCUUCACUUUCAUCCUUUUGGAAGCUUUGUGGCAUCUGGCUCCCUGGACACCAACAUAAAGCUCUGGGAUGUAAGAAGAAAAGGCUGUAUCUUCACAUUCAAGGGUCACACAGACGCAGUUCGAUGUCUGCGCUUUAGCCCUGAUGGGAAAUGGGUAGCCUCUGCUGCUGAUGAUCACACUGUAAAGCUGUGGGAUCUGACUGCUGGGAAGUUAAUGUUUGAGUUCACAGGACAUACCGGCCCAGUAAACGUUGUUGAAUUCCAUCCCAAUGAAUACCUUUUGGCUUCUGGCAGCUCUGACAGGACUGUUCGGUUCUGGGACUUGGAGAAGUUUCAAGUUGUGAGCUGUAUUGAAGAGGAAGUUACUCCUGUCAGGUGUGUGCUCUUCAACCCAGAUGGCUGCUGCUUGUACAGUGGCUUCCAGGAUACGCUGCGUGUGUACGGCUGGGAGCCCGAGCGCUGUUUUGAUGUGGUCUUGGUGAACUGGGGGAAAGUAGCUGACUUAUCUAUCAGCAACAACCAGCUGAUAGGAGUUUCCUUUGCACAAAGCACAGUCUCUUCCUUCGUUGUGGAUCUCAGCAGAGUCCCAAAAUCAGAUUCUGUUCCUCCUGGGCUGCUCAGGGAUGACCAGCCUCUUAUGCCACCUGGCCACGCAGGGGCCUCCCUUCGCCGCAUCUAUGACAGGUCCUCAACAAGCUGCAGCAAACCACAGAGAAUGAAGCACAACUCAGAGAGUGAGAGGCACAGUCCUAGCAGUGAAGAUGACCGGGAUGAGAAGGAAUCAAAGGCUGAGAUCCAGAACCAGGAGGAUUACAAGGAGAUCUUCCAGCCCAAGAAUGCAAUCUGCCGAACUCCUCCUCGAAGCGAGCCCUUUCCAGCCCCUCCUGAGGAUGAGCCUGUAACAGCAAAGGAAGCAGUGAAGCCCAGCCGAGCCGUGGAUGUGCAGACCUCAUUGCCAAAGCAAGAGCUUCCUGAUCCAGUACAGAGGCCACUGGUUGUCUCCUCAAGUUCUUUGGCCAGAGCAGAGCCGUCCGUGAUUCCUGCAGCCAGGAAUGAGCCCAUUGGCCUGAAGGCCUCUGACUUCCUACCAGCUGUGAAAAACCAAAGCCAAACUGAGCUCGUGGAUGAGGAAGCCAUGUCCCAGAUCAGGAAAGGCCACGAGACCAUGUGUGCGGUGCUCACCAGCCGCCUCAAGAACCUUCACGCCGUGCGGGCUGUAUGGAGCACCAGUGACAUCAAGAACUCUCUAGACUCUGCAGUGGCAAUCAGCGAUCUGUCUGUGGUCGUGGACCUCUUGAAUAUUAUCAACCAAAAAGCGUCUCUCUGGAAGCUGGAUUUGUGUACUAUAGUCCUACCACAGAUAGAAAAACUACUCCAAAGUAAAUAUGAAAGUUAUGUGCAGACAGGCUGUACCUCCCUGAAACUCAUUCUUCAGAGAUUCCUGCCACUCAUCACAGACAUCCUUGCUGCACCACCUUCUGUCGGAGUGGACAUCAGCAGAGAGGAAAGGCUCCAGAAAUGCGAGCUGUGCUACAAGCAACUGAAAAACAUCAGCAAUGUUGUCAAGGACAAGUCUGGGCUCAGCGGCCGCCAUGGUAGUGCCUUUCGGGAACUGCUGCUCCUCAUGGCUGCCCUGGAGUAA